AGCACGCUCGGCUCAAAAACCGGUUGUGCUUUGUUAAUGUAAUCACAAUUCAACUCGGCAGCUGAACGUGAGCCUGGAUCAUCAGAGUUGCCGAGAUGUUUACUUCAGUAUCAUCAUCGAUGUCCCGCGUGUCCACGCUCUUUGCGCGGAACGACAUGUACAAAGCAGCUUGGGUCUAGAAGCAACGUGUUUGAGCUGAGGUAUGUUAUGGUUUGUUGAAAGCAAUGGAAGCCCCACAGGAACAAAGCGACCUCUUCAAUGACGAUGACCAUCAGUCCUGGCCUGAACCGCACGAUCGAAGAUUGUCAGGCGAAAAGGCUGUGGGACCAUGGAGCCGGACAGAGGCCGAACAUCAGGCAGCAAGUGUCAAAGCAAUGCUUCAGAGUGAGCUCCGCCGUGAAAAGCCGUUGGGGGAGGCUGAAAGCCCACAGCUUCCGCCGGAGCGUUCAGAACGGGAGAGAAGACGCCAUCGCCGCCGAGAUGAAGGCGGUGCAGUGUUUGACUUUCCACAAGACUGGCUUGCACCUACGAAGAGCCCAGUCCAGAGGAGCGCCGAGCGUGCGGACGUAUGGCCUCCAGUUACGCCAUCAACGCAGGCAGCCUCACCCAUCCCAACACAUGCGUGGCCGAUGCUGGAGAAGACUGAGAAGCCGCAGGCAAAGGCCAAAUCGCCGCAGAUGAAGGAAAGAAGUAGGUCGGGGCCAGAAAGGUGCCCCGGUGCAUUUGAUGAGGCCAUCCUGGAAGCACUGGCUGCCUUGCCACGAGAUUCUUUGGUAGAUGUGCUGAGGCAGCUUCGCGAUCGAAGACCAGAAGAAGCUUCUAUUGCGUUUGGCAACAGCUCAGUAUUUGAUCAUAAGGUGUACAUUGUUGAUGCAGCUGACAAGGAGCUGGAUUACCUUUCACCUGUCAGCACGGCGACAGGCAUGAGUCAACUGUCUCCACCGGCUUCAGAGGUGACCGGCAGAGGUCGCAGCAGCAGUGGGAGUCCAGCCGCACCCGUGGCAGUCACGUCUUCGAAGGCCGUUUCCGAGCGAUCCGGAUCUUUCUCAGUGGCGGAAGUGGUGGCUGCUGCGGCAGAUGCGGCAGGAGAGAGCCCAGCGGCUUCGCAAGGGCAAGGCUGGCCAGCAGACAUCUCCUGGCCUGCCAUGGCUGAUGCGCGCGCAUCGCCGGCUCCCUGGCCGCAGCUUGACGCGUGGCCAGCCCUCGAGGCAUCCACAGAUUGCUCGGCGAGCACUCAGGUGGCAAACUGAAUGUGCUGCUAAAGAGGCAAGCAACCAAUGCAGCGAAUCAGCAGUUUUUGCCUGCCAAUCUGUAACAUCAGCCUGAUUGGCCUUAUGUACACGAGCAAGUCCUUGUGGCAUCGCUGCACAAAGUCUGGGAAAACCAGUCCCGCAGUGGAAGUGUCUGGCUAGCUUCAAUUUCAAGUGAAUCAGCUGCAGUUUUCGGAGCACUCAGAAGCUGCAGCUGAUUGCUGUUUAGAUUGCAUGCGGCUGUCUUGCAUGUGUGCUCUGAAGUCAUUGUGGGAAGGCUUUCUAGCCGGACA